GUAGGAUGAGAGAAGAGAGAAGAAGAAGUGUGAAUAAGAGUGAGACGUAUACGAACAUGCUUGCUCCUGUGCUACCUUGAUUAUUUCGAUGUAAUGUUUGUUAAGUAAACAGCAUUUUGUUCUGACGCAUUCGUAUAUGCUCCGGCCUGCUUAUUCGAGCGCCUUACUACAUUUCUGGCAACACUACAUUUUUGGCGACGAGUUUUGUGUUUUCACCUCUUCUUUUUUUUUGCUGCCUCACCAUGGCUGGAAACGUACCUGCACCUCCGAUGUUUUUGCUGUGCCCGGGAGAGCCCCCGAUACCUUUCGACAUGUGGCUGCGGAUUUUCAAGAACUACCUACUGGUAAUUAAUGCAACGGGAAAUGCUUGGCCUGAAGCGCGCAGGAGAGCUACGCUACUCCACUGUCUCGGAGCCGAGGGACAACGGACUUUCUACUCGCUACCAGAUACAGAGCUGUAGGUCACUCUCUGCUGCACUGAGUGCGCCUAAUUUUGAAUGUGCAUCUGAUGCUCGUCUCUGAUUGGAUAAUGACGUGAGGGCGGGAGCACGCACCAUUUGCAGAUUGGAGAAGGAGAAGACAGAAAACGUCGAAGUCUUUAGGACAAAUUACAAACAUACGAUUUGAAUUUUCUUUUGAUGAUCUGUGUUUGUUCAUCAGAAAGUUUGCACGAGUAUUGCUGAGGAAAUGCAGAAUGUGCACGAAUUGGGUCAAGCCUACACAAUAAAUAAGGUACUGUGAAGUAACAUGAAGUGAGUUUUAUGCUGAUCCGAAUGCCUGUGGUCCUCCACGCACUCUGGAAACGUAUGACGCAGCUGUUGCUGAUCUCCAGGCUGAAACUAUCCAAGACGUUAGAGGAAUAAAGUGCAAAUAUGAGUGACUCAGAGCGAACCUUCCUAGAUGUCGCCAUUACGGAAGUCCUACCAGAACUUCAAGCAGUGAACAAAAACAUCCUGGAAGAGCACUUGCAGUCCAUCGGAGUUGAGACAAGUGAUGAUCUACGCUUCGUAACGGAGGCAGAUUUGAUGACAGCAUUAAGACCUGUACAAGCGAGAAAGCUUCUUUCUGCUUGGAAACAGAAAUACCAAACUCCAGAGAACAGCUCGCUAUCAUCUGUGGAAGCCUCACCCACCCAGUCGCUGUCAUUGCUCUCUGUUUCACCCCAAAGUCUAUCAUCAACCUCUUCCAGCAGCCCAGGACGUGACAUACAUUGGGAUGACAACUUCGAAAUUCCAUGGAGUAAACUUCCUGCAGAAGUUAUGCAUUUUCUUGAGAGAGGGAAAAGGCCUCGGCCAAAACUGAGGAGGCAAAUGGUCCGGAUUGUUGUGACUGAGAUGAUGGAAAAAUGCCCUCAUGUAGGUAGAAAACAUUCAAUUGACGUUGCAAAAAAAAUGGUAGCAAAAUAUCCCAAUUCUCUGCAAGAUGUCAUAGAGGGUGAUAUUGUUGGUGCAGGCUACCUUUCCCUUGUCAAACAGUUGCAGAACAGAAUUGAAAAUGUAAGGCGCACCUCAACACCCAAAAUAAGAAAAAGAAAACAUCAGACUGACUCAGACCACACAGACGAGAUCCCAUUAGAAGAAAGAGCAGCAAUGCAGGAUACAUAUGGGUGCCUUAAAUGGAAUGUAGAAUUUCUGCCUCUUGAAGAAACUCCAGAGAGCCAACAGCAAAAGAUGGAGAAACUCAAGGUGAUGUUCCAACAAGCUGACGCCAAUCCAGAAGAGGUAAAAAGUCUAAUGAAGUCCACUUAUUACACACAGCGUCAACAUGUCAAUCAGGGGAAAAGUAUCAAAUGCCUUAGAGAGGAGUGGCCAUUUUGGUUUGAUGAACUUGGCAUGUCGGUCCACUUCAAGGAACUUACUGGGAUUGACCUCAAAGAGACAUUCACACGAAAUUUGGACUUGAAGGGGAAAAGGCUUCUGGAGUACAUGACCACAGUUGCUGUCAGCAAAAGCAAGACGUUCCUUCAGACUUAUGCAAGGCUUCAGAGGAUACGGGGACCGCAGAGUGGCUGCUCAGAUGAUGUGAAAGAGAUGGUCCUGCUUCUGCUCAGCUACUUUGAUGAGAAGGAGGAGUACAUGCUUUUCCAUGUUGAAGAUACAUGUCUGGCAGAUGAGGUACAACUGGAGCAAGUGCCUCUGACACCCACUAUUAUUGUGUGUGGACAGUCCUGCUAUUCCUCAAGAAGAUACAUGCUGAGUAUUGAUCGGAACCUCGUCAGCACAAACAUAUCCUCCUUCGUUUCUGCACUGUGCCUCAUGUUCGGGAGCUACUACAAUUUUAACAUCCAUUAUCCAUCUGAGCUGGCUUCCACUCUGGAGUUUCUUCAGAGGUGUUUCUUCUGCAUGAACCCAGAAAAAGGAACCAAAGUAGAGAACAAAAACUCGAAGCAUCAUCUCAGUGUGAACCCUCGAGUCCUCACCCUGAUUCAGGAUCUCGCCGACCACGAGUGGCGCUAAGCCUAAGUAUUGACUCUCUGUGGACUGUUAGGUUUAAGUACACAUUGUGGAUUUAACAAAGUAAAACUUUUUCUGGUCGAAUGCAUGAAGCCAGUUCAUGAAUGAUUCAUGAAGAUGUUCUUGCUUUGAAGGAAUGUUCCAGUUUUGUUUGUUUUUUUAACCAUGCUGCUACUGCAGUGUUUCUAGACCACCUGUAUAGGUUUGUUUCACCACAGGUGGUUUUCCUGAUGUGUUUUUUGACCAAGGCCAUGGUUGUGGUGACCGCAGGGUGCGUGUUGCAUUGCAUGGUGAUUAUGAUAAUUUUGGCACAAUGUAAUUUUUGUUUUAAAAUCUUAACUAUUUAACUUUUCCUGGUAGAGUGUCUAGCAAAUGCUUUUUUCAUGAACAUGGUUCUUGCUUGCAGGAAUGUUCAACAGCUUUAUAGCUUUUGAUUCAAUUGUGUAGUUGAUGUGCGCCUUGCAUAUUAUGUUAGUUGGAAAAAUGCAUCCAACUGUUGUCAUUUGCUUUAUUGGCUGCAAAAUAAAUUUCCCAAAAGUGA